AUGGUCCAGACAAUUCUGCUCAUACGGGUUGGGAUAGAAGGAUCGGAUGCAUGGGAGUUUUUAGGAGGCUCAAAUAGGAUUGAGGAAGGAACAGGUAGUUGGAAACUUCUCCAACAACGAGGUCACCGACAAGCACAGCAUCACCAAUCAUCAUCAUCACCAUCACCAUCACUAUCAUCAUCGCCAUCAUCAUCACCACUAGCACCGCUGAUACCAGCGGCAAUACCGAUGUGUACACCAUUUUACUAA